AUAUUCCGGGCUUGGGGGCCACGCAUAGUUUCUUCUCCGCUUCCUCCGCUGCCUCGCUUUCCGGCGAAAGUAUCGGCCGCUGCGUCCUCCACACCUACCCCACAGGCGCAUUGUUCGGCUGUUUCCGUCUCCCCGAACGGCCGAACCCUGUCGUUUGCCCGGGCGCCUCGCUGUCGUCGAGUCUGAACCGUGCUGCGUCGCGGAGGGAAGUGAGUGACAUAGAGAUAGGGGAAAAGGAAGAUCAGAUAUAAUGGCGGUUGCCGUCCUGUUGCGGCAGAGGGCGCUCUCGUCGCCCCACGCGGUCUCAUGCCGAAAUGCUGUAUAUACUAGUGGCCUUUUUUCCAAUUCCGAUCUACACUCAAAGGUGAAUUCUACUAGUUUGAGAUUUUGGAGGACCUACCAUAAUUCUGGGAAGUUUGAUUUGACUGAUCUGACGCAUCCUCAUAUGUGGUACCCGAAAGCUCGAGAAAAGAAGCGUAAUGUGUUUUUACAUGUUGGCCCUACAAAUAGUGGGAAAACUUAUAGUGCUCUCAAGAGGCUAGAAGCAAGCUCUUCAGGUGUGUACUGUGGACCUCUGAGAUUGUUAGCAAGAGAGGUAGCCCAAAGGUUAAACAAAGUUAACGUCCCUUGUAACCUGAUUACUGGACAAGAAAGGAAUGAAAUUGAAGGUGCAAAACAUAGCUCAGUGACAGUUGAGAUGGCUGAUAUGACAACUAACUAUCAAUGUGCUGUUAUUGAUGAAAUUCAGAUGGUUGGCUGUAAAUCAAGGGGUUAUUCGUUCACACGUGCACUUCUGGGACUUUGUUCAGAUGAACUUCAUGUCUGCGGUGACCCAGCUGCUGUUCCCCUUAUCCAGCGAAUUCUUGAAGCUACUGGUGAUGUAGUUACGGUUCAAUAUUAUGAGAGACUAUCUCCUUUGGUUCCUCUGAAAUCUCCACUUGGGUCUUUCUCUAACAUCAAGGCAGGAGAUUGUUUAGUAUCAUUCUCAAGACGUGGAAUUUAUAAACUCAAGAAAAGAAUUGAAAGGGAGGGAAAACAUCUUUGCUCUGUGGUCUAUGGUUCAUUGCCACCAGAAACUCGAACAAAGCAGGCGACAAUGUUCAAUGAUGAUACCAGUGACCUUAAUGUGCUAGUAGCUAGUGAUGCUAUUGGAAUGGGUCUUAACCUGAACAUUUCCAGAAUUAUUUUCUCUACUAUGAUGAAGUUUGAUGGUUUCUGCAACAGGGAACUAACUGUGGCCGAAAUCAAACAGAUUGCUGGUAGGGCUGGAAGAUAUGGAUCUAAGUUCCCUGUUGGAGAAGUGACCUGUCUAAAUCCUCAAGAUCUCCCAUUGCUGCACUCGUCUCUGAAAUCAGCUUCCUCCAUUAUAGAGCGUGCUGGACUUUUUCCCACAUUUGAUUUAUUAUCUUUGUAUUCACGAUUACAUGGAACUGACUUUUUUCACCCUAUACUGGAACGUUUCUUGGAGAAGGCUAAACUAUCACCAGACUAUUUCAUUACUGAUUGUGAAGAUAUGUUGAAGGUUGCUGCUAUUGUUGAUGAUUUACCUCUUGGGUUGUAUGAUAAAUACCUCUUCUGUAUGAGUCCGGUGGACGUAAGUGAUGAUAUAUCUGCCCAAGGACUAGUUCAGUUUGCAGAAAAUUAUGCAAGGAAAGGAAUUGUUCGACUUAAAGAAAUAUUCACACCUGGAACAUUACAGGUUCCUAAAACAGACAAUCAACUCAAGGAGCUUGAAUCUGUUCACAAGGUCCUAGAGUUAUAUGUGUGGUUAAGCUUCAGAAUGGAUGAUUCCUUUCCAGACCGUGAAGUAGCUGCCUCUCAAAAGUCAAUCUGUAGCAUGUUGAUCGAAGAAUAUCUGGAGAGGUUUGGAUGGCAGCCACAAGACCGAAGAAAGGUUUUGGGUGGAGCACAAAAGCUGCUCCAAGAAUACGAUGUAUCACAAAUGAACAAAUAUUUUCAAGAAGUCAACCCAGGACCGAAGUAGAAGGACUAUACAGGAAAUGAGCCUCACCACUUCCAGUCCAGAUUUGAGGAACCAAUACCAUCCAGAGCAUUUGCGUUCUGCCUCACUGGUUAUGGAUCACCGGCACAAAGUGGAACUACACUUCGGACGACCGAAGAUAUACGUGGACGCAUCUCAAACCGUGAUCAUCUAGAUUGAUUUGGCAGCACGCAUUUCCAUCAGCCAGAUCGUGAUCGACUAGUAGGACUUUUUUCCCCAAAAAUGAAACUACACUCCAGUCUUAAGUCAUAAUGAAUACAGAGCCAUGAGCCCAUGAUAGGGCCGCUUCUGAGACGGAGAUUGUGUAUUAACGGGUACACAGACGGUACUUGCAUUCUAGUCUGAGUUCGAUGAGUUGCAGCAAUAGCGGCUGUAAUCCUGUAUAUAAAGAGGGAAAAUAAUGUUGCUUGUGCUGUUAUUUAUUGCAAGAUCUGAAUGUUUGUGUCCAAUGACAAUUUAGUAGACAUUUUACAUGCACUAACUAAUAGCUAAUGGCCCGUGUGUACCUUUGUAUA